AUGGUAGAUAACAUAUGCACGCAGGUUGGUUACACGAUCCCGAAACAUCAAAUAAAUUACAUAGCAAGGGUGCCGACACAUUUUGGUAAGGAUAAAUCUAUUAAUGUCAACUUCAUCAACCGCUACAUAAAGGAAGAAUUUGUCGCUUCGGCGCGAAGUAAGAAGUUUAUGACAGCGAAAGACAUUGGGUUUGUGGGUAACGAACAACGGCUGUAUGUUAAUGAUCACUUAACACCGUAUUCUAAGGCCUUGUUAACUAGAACCAAAGCUAUUUGUAAAGAUAAGGAUUAUCAAUACGUUUGGGUAAAGUAUUGUAAAAUUCAUGUUAGAAAAAACGAUACUACGAGGGUUAUGAUUAUCACAAGCGAUAGUGAUUUAAACAAGUUAGCUUAA